CGGGCAGAGGCCUGGCAGCCGCUUCAGCGGGCGGUGCGGAGCCUGCUCAGUCCCCUGGGCGCAUGCGCCGGACGAGCCGAGCAGCCGCCUGUUGUGAGGGGCAGCGGUUGGUCACGUUACGCCGGAGCCCGGCUCUCUCCGCGGCGGCGGCGGGCCCCGAAGCGGCGUUGUGGGCGGCGGCUCCUCAGGUAUCUUUCCUGGUAUCAAAGUUAGGCUGACUGGUCUAUAAUUUCUGGAAUCCUCUUCCGCCUUUUAAAAGAUUGACAAAGGACAAACAUAGUACCUAUCCUCUGGAACUUUACCUGUCCUCCGUUAGUUCUUGAAGCUUCAAGAAACUAAUUGACACACACAUCAAAAGAUGGCUAGAUCUAGAUCAAGAUCACCAAGGUGGAAAUACAGGUCCUUAUCACCUGCAGUUAGGAGCCCAGAACACCAUAGACAAAGACAUGCUCAUAUUAAUUAUGACUGUGAAUAUAAGGGAUUUAGGAAGGACCUAAAGAAACCUAUGUCUUGGAGAGUGGAAGAUGUGAAAUACGGACAAAGCAAUGCUAGAUUUGCACCACAUGGGAAUAUCCACCACAGAAUUUACGAACAUAGAUCAUCUUCGCCAAACCUAAAAAGAAUUUCUUUAGAGGAUAUGUAUAGUCAUAAACCCUAUAGAACACAUUCAUCAGAAAGAGGUGAAGGCAACAGGAGAUAUCAGUUUCCACCCAAAUACUCAGAAAUAUCCUACAAAGAACAUGAUCGACCUUUGUACCCACACAAAAUGCAAGAAAAAUAUAUGCCUGAGGACUUCAGAGUCACUGGAGAUGAGAAAGGAAUGAAACCUUUUCAUAGAUCAUUAGGGGCUUCAUGUAAAUUUGAAAGAAAAUGGCAUGAAGAUGAAAUGAGGUACCAGAGGUUACAAGAAGACAAAUAUGGUCAGUCACUCCGAAGAGCUUCUGAAGAAUUUACGACAAGGAGCUCUUUGCAGAAGAGGUAUCCUGAAGAUCGUGAUUACAGAGAACAUGGGCACACAUCUAAAAGGGCUAAAGAAAUUGAGAGAGAUGACGGUGGAGAAAUAGCAAGAAAUCACAAAUGGAAGCAAGAUCGUUCUUUUCCACCCUACCAAAAAAAGGAGGAGCAAAGAAACCUUGGUCCCCAAGCUCAUCGGUCUGCUGAAAGGGAGUACACAAAGAGUUCUGUUACGAAGAUAGCAUAUGACUAUAGUUACAAACAUCAUAGAUACCCAGAUGGGACAAAAUCUUUUUCUGAUGAUAGAGCUCAGAAGUAUGUAAAGCAGGAAAACCAAAAAUAUAAUUCUCCUAAGGGUGCUCUGAAUAGCAAAGAGUUAGAUUAUUGUAGUGGUGGAAGAGUAAGACAGACUGAAGAAGGGCAUAAUGAAGUACCCAUUAAAUAUAGUUCAGAGAAGGGCUGCAAUUCAUGUGCCAACUCUUACAAAAAUGAUGUUGAUCUGAGACCCUUUAAUAACACAAAGGAAAGAGUAAGAAAUGAAGGGGAUUUCAGAAAAAAAAUAGAUUCUUCUAAUAGCCAUCAUGAUACAAGUCAUACAGUUUCAGAUGUGAAAAUGUCAGAUGUCACUCCUAGGAAGGAGCUGCUCACAAUCAAAGUGGAUAUGAAGAAAAUGAUGAUAAACAAGUACAGGACUGCUGCUAGCCAUACUAUGGAGCGGCAGAUGUCUCAUGAUCUGGUUGCUGUUGGCAGGAAAAAUGAAAAUUUUCAUCCAGUGUUUGAACACAUGGAGUCUGUAACACAAAAUGUCGAGAACAACCCAUCAAAAGAAUUUACUCAGGAAAUCAUAACAAUUAUCCAUCAAGUUAAAGCAAAUUAUUUUACAUCUUCUGACCUAACUUUAAAUGAACGCUUCUCAAAAAUUCAAGAUAAACCAGUUGUAAAUUUAAAUGAAGUUAAAAUAUAUUCAGAUCCAGAAAUUCACAGGAGAAUUGACAUAUCUUUGGCAGAACUUCAGAAUAAACUAGCUAUGCCAUGUGAAUCUGGACAGACUGUUGUGAGAGUUCUAGAAGAUCCAAAUGAUCUACGUCAUGAUAUAGAGAGGAGGAGAAAAGAGAGGCUGCAGAAUGAAGAUGAGAGAUUGUUUCACAUAGACAGUGUAAUUCAAAGGAAUGAGCACAACGGUAGCUUUUCAAAAUUACAGAUCUCUCAAAUUGAUGGAUUCCAAAAACCUAUAAGAUUCCUAAAACCACCUUUCAGGAAAUUUAUUAGGAAACCUCCCAUGAAUUCUUAUUAUACUGCAAAAACAAAUGACAUCUUUACUCACAGACCAUUUGGAGGACACCUGGAAAAUACAAGACCCUUCAGAAGACCCUUUAAGAACAACUUUACAGAUGGUCGAUUGCAACACAGUUAUAAAUCAGGCUUAGUACAGAAGGGUUUAUAUAUUCAGGCUAAGUACCAGCGGCUACGUACUGCUGGUGUAAGGGGAUUUACCACUUAUAAAUUCAGGGAAGGAUUUUUGAGGAAAGAAAAGGAACAGUCAGGCAUUGCCACAGAAACCUGAACUGUGAUAAGUGGAGACAUACAAUAACACGGCAAGGGAGCAUCGGUUUGUUUUUUGACAACUUUAUCAGGAAUUAAAAUGGGAGAAAUGAACUAACACUGUCUCGAUAAAAUAACUGUUUUUCAGUAGUGGCAUGCUGCAGAACUUUUUUACAAUUUUAAUAAUUGGUUUUAAAUUACAGUAUUCAAUUGAAAAGUUUAGUAUGGUACCUUUGGUUCUUUUUGCAAACAAGUCUCAAAAAAGAAAAAUUGAAGGGAGUCUUAUUUAUUGAAUACUUUUUCUCUAAGCAUGAUUUUAUGAAUAGAACUUGAGUUGUUAUACCCAGAGGUUUAUAUGUUGAAAAGUUUAUUGCUUAUAUAAUAAAAAAAAAGGGGGGGGGAGCAAAAAAGUGCCUGAAUUGUUUAGUGAUAGCAUAUUAGCUCUCCAAACAAUGACUUCUUAGGUUGUGCAAUAGAGUUUACAGCUCUUUUGAGUAAUUUCCCUAGAACAAUAUUUUGUAUUUAUUUUUGCUUUAUAUUUAGUUGGGUUUUUGACUUGACUUAUAUAUGUAUAUAUAAAUUUGUAAAUAAAUUGUUAGAAAAGUUGUAACAAUUUCCAACAUUUGCUAAAAAUGUAUAGUAAUGCAUAGGUAUGUCAUCUAUUACAUAGCAGUAGCUUAUAACUGCAUUGAGAUGCUUGGGUUAGUUAAAGGACUGGUUGACCUGUAUGCAGAAAUAUUCUGGCUCAUCACUUUCCAUAUAUAUCAUUUCUUGAUUAAGCAACACAUUCUUAUCUUCUGCUACAAAUGACUGAGUGGCUUACUUGAUUCUAAAAGUGGGCUUAAAGAUUUCUAAAAAAAUAGAUAAGAGGAGCAUAUUCUCUAACAAAGCUGUUUAUAACUGAAACUGUUUAAGGCAAAAAGCUUGUAAUUUUUUUAAUUAAAAUUCCAAUCAUUCUCCAUAGUUUACCACUCCUCAAUAUUGUUAUGCUUUAUGCAAAAAUCAAGCAGGCUGAUAUACAUAAUAUGCUAAGGCCUAAAGCAAUAUUGUAUUCAUUUCCCAUUUAUAGUUUGAGCUUUAAUGUAGAUAUGAUAGGGUUGUUUGUUUUAAAGAUUUGUUUGUCUUCUUAUUACAAGUACACUAAAAGUAUAUAGCAAGUAACUUUUCUAGGGAAAACUUUCUAAUUAAUUUUAAGAAGAAAGUUGUCAUCCAGUCUUGUGCAUUUUAGUAAUCUCCAACGUGAUAGUACCCAUAAAAGUACAUGUUAGAAUCUCAUUUAUGGAAUGUAUUCAGAAAGCUGGCGCAUUCAAUAGGUGUGUGAAAAUACAAAGGAAAACACUCAACUUUUGGGAAGAUCAAGCUAUAAACUAUAUAUACUGCAUGAUUUUUCCAGAGUACCUUUAAUAAUAGGAGUAUUUGACUUAUUGAAACUCCUAAACCAUAGUUCAAGGGACUGUAAAAUGUUAAUACACUGAAAUCUGCCUAAAAACUUUGACAUUCACUUCAGUACACAAGUUUAGUCCUCAUGUAGGAUAAUGUGCAGUACUCAUUAGUAUAACUGUGAUUCAACAACAGAUAGACAUGUCAUCUUCUGUGAAAGUUUCCAAAAGCUAAGUACAGGAUUUAGGUAGUAAUGUACAUACGCUACUCCGUUGUUCAAAAAUUAAGCUAGUUUUUUCAGGAACUUAUGGUGUGCAAAGCCAAACAGAAAAGUUAAGUUAGAAAGGUUUUCUUUUUCAAACAAAUGCAGCUAACAAUUUACAGGUAACAGUAAAUAUUUUAAAUAUGAGACUGGAUAAAGAGACUCUGUCCAAAUCUAGGCCCAAUUUGUGCUCAAACUGUCCAACAGGCAUUCUGCUUCUGAAUGUGGAAAAAUAUGUUUAAACAAACAUACACAAUAGAAUGUAAACUGUUGAAGCUGCAUUGCUUUAUGGGGCAAUACGGUGAUGUACUGUUUCUGAAACAUUUUCAUUUUUUUUCCACAAGUCCUUCGGAAGAAUUACAUUUUGAGCCAAGUAGGAAAAAAUGGUUACAUGAGACAACUCCUCCGCAUCUGAUAAGGCAAAUUGAUACCAUUGUGUGGAAGUAUACAAUACUGGUGUAGUCAGACAUUAAGGUUAAUACAUUUAAUGCAAAAAUUCCAACAUUAGAAGUAUGAAUGAUUUCCCCAACUGACUAGUAUAUUUUGCUGAUUCUAGCUAUGACACUGGGUAGCUUUAAUUUCUUUUGUACUUCAGUCAUACCUUGUUCUGUGCACGGUUUUAAGAGACUGAUGACCAUUGAUGGUAACACAUUGCAAAUGGCACAUAUUUUAGACUGUAGCCAUUGUAACUUUAUAAACUUUUCUAGAGGGGGGAUGUCAAACAUUACUCAUUCAGUCAUUGUACUUUGAUUUGGUUUGACAUGCUUUUCUUAAGAGCUCACCACUUGCACAAAUGAUUGUUUACUCAUAAUUUAGCAAUGCUAAUUCAAGAUUUCUCGACUGCAUUAAUUGAAUAAAUUGGGUGUAUAGCUAUUUUAGCUUACAGGAAUUUACUUGAAUCUAGGUCUUUUUAAAACAGCCUGACUUACUACUACAUGCUGUUAUCCAGUGUGAUAUCUACAUUGAAGAGCAUCUGCUGUCCUGCUAAUUGGGGGAAUGUUGCAGAGAUGACUCCCUUCACAUUGUGCAAAGACUUCAUUACAUAUUGUGUGAUAUACACAGAUGUACACACACACACGGCUCACUUAACAGAUUUCUGUCAGACAAAUACUAUCCAGUGAUGUACCUGCUGAGAACAAUAGACUGAAAUUCCAAAAGGCAGCUCAGAAAUAGAGGAAAGAGGAAGUCAGUGAGAGUUGUAAGAAAAAUGAGAUCAUAAAAUUAUUCUGUGCCUUUCUGUAAUGUACUGCAUUAAAGAAAAUAACCUCUUGCUGUACAAAAACAAAAUAUCAUUUUCAAAAUCAGUUUGAUGGAAAUGUGGGAGACAUUUGUGGAUGACAAUAGCCACUUUGUUUCCCUAUGCAAGUAAUUCUCAGCCUCCAUGUUGUAGCUUAACUAAGAGGCGGCAUAGGUAUGUCCUUUUAUUGGCAAAGCCAAUUGACGCUACUAUUGUGAAGUGCUAGCUGUUGAAUAUGUAAUUGUGUCUGACAGCCAUUCCUUUUAGUUUUUCUUAUUUAAAUUUGUGUAGAUCUUUAUUGUUAAAUUGCUUUUAAUCAUCUCGAAAUGACUGUACUAGAAUGAUGCUUGUCAUAUUCCCAAUAGGUGUAUUUAUAAAUUGAAAUGUUUAAAUUAUUCUUCACCACUAUCCAAAAAUGCAAUGGUUUAAUACGAUAGAAGUUCCAUUUUUAAGUAUAUAAUUGCUUUGGCAUAUACAUUUGAUGUUGCAUGGCUAGAACCCUAAUUUAAUCUUUGGAAAUUUUUUUACUUUGAUGGUCAGACUCCAAAAGUUAAGAAAAUUGUGAGAGUUACUGGAAAACUAGAGAGAUAACACGCUAGUAGAGCUCUGCCUUACCCUCUUCUGUUGGCUUAUUUUUUAACAACUUUUUCAAAAUUAACAAUUUACCUUAUGUAAAGGACUUGGUUAUAUCCAGGUUUUGAGACAAGAAGACUACCUCAGUGCAGAUGACUGAUUUUCUUUGGGGAUUCACCUGAAGGCCCAGUCUGGACACUAACUGACUAUACCUAGGCACCAUCCGCUCUUCGACCGCAUCUGGAUGAAACAGACAUUCAGCUUCCUGUGUCUGAGCGUAGAGUUGCACAGAUGAUCAAAAGGUUGAAGGUCUUUGUGAAACUCGAUAGAAAAGGAAGGCUUUUCAAAACUGGCUUUUCAGUCCAUGGAAAAAUGCAUCUCCAUCUUGACUCAGAUAUGAUGGACAGAGUGAGAGAGGCUUCAGUUAAGUGAUUGAUACCGGUGGUAAGUGAUAAGGAGGACUUGGAAAAUAUAUUUGGCUUUUCAUUAUUGACCUCAGAGGAAGGACAGAGCAUACAAUCCUUACUAAACUUUGCUUUACCUGCUGGAAGAAUCUGCUUUUCCAAGGUCUUUAGAAACAGGACACACAUUUUGCCUCUAUUUAAACUGCUGUUAGUGCCACCCUUGCCAAGUUGUCUAUAUUUCUUGGUUAAAGGGGAAAUCUUAAACUUUUUACACCUCCUAGUGCAGCAAAAAUCUGCCAAAACUUAGUACCUAGAUAUAUGCACAGAUCUCUUGCCUAUGACAUGACUUUAUUCCCCUGGUGCAGGUUAGGAAGAUACUUGGUGCUUCAGCAUCCCUGCAAAGAAAAGUACCAUAAAUAGAAUUUAAAAAUAGCAACCACAAGAACUGAGUGCUUACCUAUAACCCUCUAACUCUUUAUUAGACUUCUAGGAGUAAGUUAAAUGUUGACCAUUGUCCUAUCUCAGUCUUGGCUAAGAGAAUUUCAGUGAUAAGGAGUUGACAUAACCACUCUUAUAACAAAGCCCUUAGUCUGUUUCUUGAAUAAAUACUUAGGCAUGUGAUUUAGCACAGACCUGUGCCCUCCCUACUUUCUUCAUAUGCUUCCCCCCCUGCCCUUUACACUAUACUAAUUGUUGCUCUGAAUCUUGUCUGAGUCAUUUAAAUCUCAUAGUCUUAAAAUGUUGGUGUAAUAUUCUGAAAAUAAUUUAGUUGCUAAUCUUAUUUUGUGACUGGUUUCUUUUUCUUCUGACUGUUUUUAUUCUAGUUAAUGGGGUUGGCGAAGAGCCCUCCCAGUGAGUUGCUGAUUAAGUAAACAGUCCUUGGAACAACAAAAGCUUCUUUCCUUUGUUUAGACAUUAUCAACAAUUUUUCAUCCAGCAGGGAUGUGGCUAGCUGUCCAUUGUUAAGAAAUACAUUUAAAGUAGACCUGAUCUAUACUGCAGUUCCUCUCCAUUAAACCUUUUAAAAUGCUUUUUUAAAAUUUAACAUGAUUGUGUCUGCUGGUGUGGUGGGGCAUAGUAUUUUUUUUUUUUAAUCUUCACUAUUAUGAGUAAAACUUUCUAAAGUGUGACUUGGUCUCCUGAUUCACUAUAAUUGUGUUUAAUAGUUUCCUGAUCAUUAACAUAUAUAUUGACAUUCAAGUAUGUUUAUUUUUGAUUAUGUACAGAUACUAUGUUAAUAUAGAGAUUGUUCCUACAAACUCUAAAUAGAUGUUUUAACAAAUUUAAUUUUUUAGACUUGCAAAUUGUUUUAAUGAAUUGUUUUAGGAGCAGGAAUUGAUAAUCAUGUGUGGUUAUUGAAGUAGUGUCCAGUUUUCCUUAGAAAAAAUUCUGCUAGAUUCUUUCUGUAAAAAUGUAGUCUGUUUUUUCUUCAAGGCUUCAUCCAUUGCUCUUUUGUGAAUGUAAAGUUUUAAUAUAGUUAUAAUUUUGGGUAAGUUUCCUUUCUGGCUAAUAGGGGGUGUAGUAGCAUUGCUUCUGUUUCAUAUUUCUUGUCUUUAUAGUGCCCACAAAUGUUCUUGAAUUCUUAGAACAAUAAUGUUUGGAUAUUAUAAUGAUGGAUACAGUAGAAAACUCUAGGAUAGGUUCUGAAUAUAUCACUUAUUCCAUUCAAAAGAUGUAGUUCUAUAUCCUUUUUGUUGCAAAUCCUGGUUAUUUGUACACCACUUAUGGGGAGGCAUGCAUUUGCUGUGUGAGUACGUUUCUGUUGAAUAUUUAAAACUGCUGUAACAAACUCAAGCCCAUCUCUGCUAGUUUACACACAUCACUUUACAGUUUUUAAAACCUCGAUUUUUAACAAAAUGGAAAGUAGUGUAAUAAGUAACCUUAGAAUCUAGGGAUAGAGCUGAAGGAUAGAAUAUUUUCAAUUGCAGUCAGAAAGUCACUAACUUUCUCUAUUACUUUUGUCCUCUAUAGCAUCUUUAGGCUUAACAGAGUCAGAUCUAAUAUUUCUGAUAACAUCUAAAUUCACAUUUGUAGUGUUCCAAUUUCUAAAAUUUAAGAGAUCACCCUGAGAAAAGUGUGUGCUCUGCACUCCAGUAGUCUGAUAAGUGUGUGUGUGUGUGUGUGUGUGUGUUGUGAUGCCAUCCUUUUACAUGACACUAAAAUGUAAAAAAGUAACACUACCCAGAGUUUAGGCCCUGAAAGGCCCUUGAGGCAUGGCUAUUCUCCCUCUUGAAACUCAAAAGUAAAAAAUUAAAUGUUUGCCUAUUUCUAACCAAUUGCCAAGAAAGUUCAUUCUUUCCCUAAAAUUGCAAGGAUCCAAAUUAAUAUUUAUGAAUCACAGUCCUCAACACAGUGGUCAGCGCUGGUUCUUCUCUUGAGUUAACUCCCUUCUCUUCAUGCGUCAGUGUAUAUAUAAGCCUGCAUCAAUAAUUUUCACUCCAUGUAUCUGAAGUGUUUUUUUUUUACCCACAAAAGCUUAUGCCUAAAUAAAUCUGUUAGUCUUUAAGGUGCCACCGGACUCCUUGCUCUUUUUUGAAGAGCACAAGUCUCCCUAAGAAACAAGAAGAACAAUUAUGUGCUUUUGAAAAUUGCAUCCUACACAUGGUUGAGUUUGUUUCCUGAGAAAUACAUCAGUCAAAAAAAUCAUUUUUACCUAAAAUAUAUAAUCACAUCCCAUACAUCAGGGUAAUUUUGUGCAUUUUAACAAAUCCUUACAUUUUUCUAAGCAAACAUUGUAGUUGUGAAGAUUAAUUUUCUUUUCCAAAUGCUUUCUUUUCUAAACAUAUCCUUAUCUCUAAUAUUCAAUAAUAUAUUAAGAAUAUGUUAUUCCUUUGGCAAAGUAAAAGGCUUAGAAAGCUAUUUUGGGAUAUUAUGAUACCACGUUGAGGCCUUAACUAUAUCAGGUCCCUUUUGUAGUGGGCACUGCAUGAAUAUACAACUAAUGAUGCUUCCAGCAACAAAGUGCUUACGUUAUAGAAAAAGCUUUUUUUCACUUUCCAGGAUGGGAGUAUAUUAUCUCCAUGCUUUCAUCCUUGGGAAACUGGCUAAUUCAAAUACAGUAAUUAUUUUACAGUGAUUUCCUUCAAGCUGGACAGCAGUUGCUAGUGUGCUUUGGCAGAAGGCAAGAGGUUUUCUGAUUCUGAGAGCCUAGUUGGGAAUUGUACAUAUGAGUAAGCCAGUUUAUGAAAACUGGAAGACACUGUGGCAUCUAUCUCCCUGCUAGCACUGAUCCACCCCUGUAGAAACUGCUGAAGAAAUGCUCCUCUUUCUAAGGCUGUUUACACGACAGUCGGGAUCAAUGCUCUGAUAGGGAUCCACCGGCGGUAGAUUUAGCGGGUCUAGUGAAGACCUGCCAAAUCGACAGCAGAUAGUCUUCAGUCAACCCCUGUACUCUACCCCUGACGAGAAGAGUAAGGAAAGUGGAUGGGAGAGUUUCUCUGGUUGACGCCCCCUGGUGUAGAUCCUGCAAUAACUUGAGCUAAGGUAGGUCGACUUACCGCGAUAGUGUAGACAUAACCUAAUAAAUCAGGUAUACUAAUUUCUCCAGUACACCUUAAGCUCCUUAGAACCACAACCGGAACAAUUAACAUUCUACAAUGGAAUUAUCCUCAUUCUUUUAUCAAAACUAGGUCCAUCAAUUCUAAAUAUAGGUUGGCACAUUAUUUACUUAUGAUCUUGGACUCUUCUUAAACGGAGGCAGAUGGGUUGUAUCAGAAUAGACCUUUCCAACACUACAAUUUCAGCAGUUGUAUUUCCACACUUUCUGGUUAUCCCACAGAUUUAAAGAAUAUAGAAAAGCCAUUUUAAAAUAACCAAACACCUCUUUUAUAAAGACCUUAAACCUCAGUUCAUAUUGUGGAAAUGUGAUGAAUUUAGUACAUGAGACAGAUGUAAAUUGGACCUUGUGCAGACUUUGUAUGGUUUCAUUUGUAUGUAAAGAGCCAGGCUGUGAUGUAUUAGAGAAUCCUCCACUCCGACUGGAAGAAUGGCUACAAGAAAUGUUCCAGUGCCAUUGCCUGGGGUGAAAAGUGAAACAAUACAUUUCAGUUUACAUCUCUACUGUGCUUUUGAUGGAACUACAUUCAUGGACAAGUUGGCUUGAUUCUUCUUUUCAGUGAAAGCUGACUCAAUGAGAUACUCUCUUCCUACCUUGCUCCUCUUACAUUUCUAUUCUGUCCCUAUUGAGUGUUGGAUUUGUUUUACUAUUUUCCUUUCAGAUACAUCUAAUAAAAACAGAAAUCAUUUAACAUUAUAA